UUGUAAACCGAGAUGAUGGUAACCAUAGCAACUUUCGAGCGCGUUCAGCCAAUCGGAUCGCAGUUCUGUCGGCGUAGGUUCUCCAUAGUGACGCGCUACGCCAUCUUGCAUACAGCGAGCGUCGAGCACAACAGAGACGCAGUUCGCGCUUCGUCGCUAAACAAAGUUACCCAGUUAAAUUUCGGAGAGAUGAACAGCCAGAGCUCCCGCACCGAAACGGCAGCCACCGCGGUUAACGGCUCGGAUUCGACGGCGGCUGCUCCUCGAGACCGCAAAACCGGAGUCAAUGUCCUGAAAAGGCUGAAAUCGCGACGGAAUCAAGUGGAGCGGCGGCCUGUAACGGAGGAAGAGCUGCGGGCGCUGGAGAGAGACAUCACCACGGAUGAAGUGUUGGGACUCCGCGCUAUCACUCGCGACUAUCUGUGUAAACCAGAGGACAACAUCUACAGCAUCGACUUCACACGGUUUAAGAUCAGAGACCUGGAGACAGGGACAGUCCUUUUCGAGAUUGCCAAACCUCCUCACUGUGAUCUUGAUGAGGAGGAUGAGGAAAAUGGAGAGGUUGACACCAGUGCGGGGCGCUUCGUCCGUUACCAGUUCACACCUGCAUUCCUUAAGUUACGCACAGUUGGAGCCACUGUGGAGUUCACAGUUGGCGAUCGACCUGUUACCAACUUCAGAAUGAUUGAGAGACAUUAUUUUCAAGAUCGCCUCCUGAAGAGUUUCGACUUUGACUUUGGCUUCUGUAUCCCGAACAGCCGGAACACGUGUGAACACAUUUAUGAGUUUCCUCAGCUCCCAGAUGACCUCAUUCGUCUGAUGAUUGAGCACCCGUAUGAGACCAGAUCAGACAGUUUCUACUUUGUGGACAACAAACUCAUCAUGCACAACAAGGCAGACUACGCUUACAACGGGGGCCAGUAGUGCCUCUUCAACAGGAAACCUGAUGAUUGUUUGUUGGAGUGACCAUGUGGAAUACAAAUACAGGACCACACCUCACUAGCAGCUACACAUGGUGUUGUCAUCAGCAUUACGAUCUGGCUCAAUCGACCCACCCAACUGGAAAUGACCUUCCCUCAGUGAAGUUCCUGCAUUCCACAGACUUCACACACUCCUUGUGGGUUAGGCCAUAAAAAAGCAGAGGCUUUCUCCUCCGCCACACUCGACUAGCCGGAACUGAAGAAUAGUCCGGUUUUCCUGCUUCAGGACAGGUUUUUGUUUUGUAACACUUUUGUUGUCUUACUUCCUGCACCCACCACCUUUUGUGAGAUUUUUUUUUUUAAGCUCUGAAGUUUUGUUAACAAACUAAAUUUUGAUUAUCUGAAUGGGGUCUUUCUAAAUGUGCUAAAAUGAAGCAAUGCUGCCACAUAUAUCUUGGGUUAUUAAACAAAAAGAGGAGUUUUCCACAGAUUAGAUUUGUACUUAUUGAUGAUUAUUUUAGUGAUAGAACGGAUACUGCGGUAUAUUUUUUAGAUAGUUUCGUUUAUCAGAGCAAACACUAUUACAACACUCUCGGACAUGUGAUCAGGGUAUGUUGAGUUAAAGAGGAUGUGAUCUGUUUGUGUGUGUGUGUGUGACCCUAAAACAGUUGCAGUAUUUUUAUUUUUUUUUCAACUACACACCUGUUCAAUAUUUUGGAUUCAGUAAUAUUUUUAUGUUUUUGGAAGAAGUCUUUUAUAUUCACCAAGCUGCAUUUAUUUGAUCAAAAUACAGUAAAAACAGUAAUUUUGUAAAUGAAUAUCAUUACAAUUUAAAAUAACUGAUUGCUAUUUUAAUAUAUUUAAAAAUGUAAGUUAUUCCUGUGAUGUUAAGCAGAAUUUCUUAUUAAAAAACAUACUGACCCCAAAAUUUUUAACCCUAAACUCACCUCAUGGAGAGACCAAGAAUGUGGCCACUUAUUAAUAAGUAAUUGCAUUUUGUAGUGUAAUUUUUUUUUCCGGAGUUAUUUUAUUUUUGUUUCACUGUUUUAUGUCAAGUCUUUAUCUGACAAAAGAACAAGUGGAGUUUUUGUAGGUGUAUAGUGUUAGUCCUGUAGGAGUCUGGAUUGGAUAUGACCGUACACACUGUGGGGUUCACAGGGCAUCUGUCUUUCUCAUGUACGAGGCCUUUCGAUGUCAGACUCAGCUGUGCAUACAGAAACCCUGUUUUCACUCGUGUCACACAAAGAGAGGGUUGGGAUUCUCAACAUGGUGUCUUUGUGCACCUUUCAAGCUGUUUAGCCUCUAUCAGAGCUUUGAUGUUUACCUUUGAUCUAAUCCAAGCGGUUGGGAAUUAGGCAAAGUGAUUGGAUGAGAAACAAAAACCGAAAAGGCAUUUAGAGCCCAUUAGAGACCUCUGACUUUGCAUAUUUAAUCAAUAUUAAAUUGAUUUGAUUAGCUUCUGAUCAAAGCAAAUCAUGUUACAGUUGCAAAACACCCAUUGUAAUUCAUUCAGAGUCAGUCCUCAACUCAAUCCAUUCACACACAAGUCAGUUCUCAGCUGGACGGCGAUUUGCAUAUAUUCUCAAGUGUCCUUAAGAAAGAAAAUCUGUAAUAUGAGGCUAAAGGACCAAUGUUUGUGAAGUAUUUGUGGUUGCAUAUCUGUCUAAUGCCUAACUUGUGCUGUUUACAUAGGCACGUGCACCAUCUAUGUGUUGACAUGCUGUGCACAAACUGCGCACAAGAUAAAAUAUUUGGUUUUAUUCCUAUUAAUUCUCCUCCCUUUUCAGUCUCAAUUUAUGUUUAAUCCCUAACUGAGAGAUGUAAUAAAGUGUCUUUAUAUAUAUAUUUAUAUAUAUAAACAUUUUGUUUUUUUAACACAAGGAUGUGAUCUUCUAUAUCAUGCACACUAGUGUGUGGAUUUAAUCAUUGCAGUUACUUUAGGAAUGCUGUUCAUAUAUUACAUGUGUCAUGUAUUAUGUCAAGUAGAAUACAUUGGUCUUUUUAUUUAGAUAUUUGUUAUGUAAAUUUGUUUUCCAUGUAAUGAAGCCUGUAUCAGGACUCUAAAAUGAAAGAUUUCAUAAUAUGACAUUCUUUAACGCAUCAUUCUACAAAAAUGUCUUGUUUGUACAUUAUGUAGAGAUAACAAGGACCACUAAAGUGAAUAGUAGGUACAUUACACCUUAACGAAACACUUUCAUUAACGACAAGCAUGAGUGAUACUUCUGACUUUAAGAUUGUUUACAUUAAAUAUUAGUCAAAAAUAAUUAUCAUUAAUUUUUUUUUGCCCUUGAAGCUCAGUUGCCUGUAUAUGUAUUGCGUGUGUACAGUUGCAUCGAAGACAAGUGUGCCCAGCUUCACUUUCUUAUUCAGAAUUGUAGGAACAGUGUAUUUUAAUGUAUAAAAUAGGAAUUCUGUUCAAAUGUGUCAAGAGGAAUUUGUUUAGGGAGAUAAAUAAAAUUCAUUUUAUGAACGAAA